AUGGCUUCCGGAUUCUUCAGGAAGUUCCUGUANAAAUACAAUGAAUCCCGCUUAAGAGAAUUGCCAUGCCAAAUACUUGAUCCUAUUCCACUGGGAGAGGGUGCUGGCAUUGGAUAUAUGAAAGGGGUUGACUCCAAGGAAAUCCCCGAAGGUUCAACUCUAUAUGAUCUGGUUCAAAUGGGAAUUCAGCAAACACAUGCGGCUGUUAGUGCGGUUGUUCGUUUAAGGAAAGAGUUAUCACUUGUGAAAGAUAUCCCUGUUCUUAUUGCAAUUGAUCAAUAUAACAACUGGUUUACAUUCAGUGAAUAUGAAGAGCCAGUCACUAUUCGUUCUUGUCGACCAGUGCAUUCUAGAGAAUUGACAAUGGUGAAUGCAUUUAGGUCUAUGAUGCAUGAUGAAAUGAUGGUAGGUGCUUUCUCUCACUCAACUGCUGUGGGAAAGCUUCGCAAAGACUUACCAGAUGUUCCGGUGGAUGCCCGUUUUAAUUUGCCUCGCUACAAUGUUGAUGAAGCAGCAACUGUUUGCCAUUACUACCUUAGACAAAGACUCGUAAGCAGGGAGGUAUUCACAGAGGAAAAUUGGAAGAAAGUGUACUAUUUAUCCAACGGGAAUGGAGUAGAGAUGAGAUCUUUGGUUCCGUUGAUGCGAUGACGUCACGUGUAAGAUGAACCUGAAAACUUGAAGCAGCUACCGCAGAGAAGAAGGGUGAGCAGAGUGGGGGUUUUUGAGAGACAUCUGCGGUGGAUCCAAAAGAAUGAAAGGAAGCGUUACUGACUCUUCAUUUCCUUUUCUCUACGUGUCUUAGAUCACAUUUAACAAAAAUGCAUUCUUGCAUGUAGAGUUUUGUCUUCAUAUGAUAUCUUUCGACGGUUAUUUCUGGUUUUUAACUGAGCAGGGAAUAAAAUAAAUAAACUUUAAAAUAA